AUGCCCUUCGAUCUCGCCGGCAAGACUCUCAGUCCCUUCCUCAAAGAACACAUCCCCGGCCUGUACGCCCCCGUCGGCAAGAACCUAAAGAAAGAGGACAGGACGAGUCCCAGUAAUGAAUUGGUAAACAUCAAAGACCCCAACACCAAAUACUGCUACCGUCAUCGUCCCGACUCCAAGUGUCGUCGGGCGGCGGACGAGACCAAGAUGGGUACCAUUCAACGGGAGCUCAACAACCUCCCAUCUACCGAUCAAGAGGCCAUCACCCAUGUUUGGUCCCUGUUCUCAGCCGCACCCGCCAAGCAUCGCGAACUCAUGCUGCAGGGCAUCAUCACCCAAUGCUGCUUUCCCCAGCUGUCGACCGUCUCCCGCGAAGUUCAAGAGCAGCUCAAGAUCGACUUCAUCGCCACCCUGCCUGUAGAAUUAUCGUACAAGAUCCUCUGCAACUUGGAUACCGUUUCGCUAUGCAAGGCUGCACAGGUCAGCCGUCGCUGGCGGGACCUGGCCGAUGACGACGUCGUCUGGCACCGAAUGUGCGAACAACAUAUUGACCGAAAGUGCACAAAGUGUGGCUGGGGCCUGCCGCUAUUGGAGCGGAAAAAACUCAUGGCCUGGAACCGACAUCAACAUACUGCACAUGCGAACCCGCCCACACGCAGCGCCGAGGAUUCGGCUGAGCCAGCCGCAGCUCCCGCUGCUCAAGGCUCCAACAAGCGAGCCAUGGUGGUCCGCGACGACAGCGGCGCCAAACGAUCGCGAGUCCGAAAUUCACCCGCCAACGGCCGAGCGCAACUCGACGAAGAGCGAAAGUUUCGACCCUGGAAGGACGUGUACCGGGACCGCUACAAGGUCGGAUACAACUGGAAGACGGGACGGUGUUCUAUCAGGACGUUCAAGGGCCACGAGAACGGCAUCACCUGCCUGCAAUUUGAUCACAACAUCCUGGCGACUGGUUCCUAUGACACCACCAUCAAGAUCUGGAAUGUCGAGACGGGAGAAUGCAUUCGCACGCUGCGUGGACAUACUUCGACGAUUAGGACUCUGCAGUUUGACGAAGGCAAGCUAAUUAGCGGAAGCUUUGACAAGACCAUCAAGAUUUGGAACUGGCACACUGGCGAGUGCAUCAGUACUCUUCAAGGCCACACCGAUGGCGUCUUGUCCAUCCAUUUCGAUGGAUGCAAGCUUGCUUCUGGAUCCAUCGACAAGACUGUCAAAAUCUUCAAUUUCGACACCAAGCAGACCUGGACUCUGCGUGGCCAUUCCGACUGGGUCAACCACGUGCGCAUCGAUUCCGCAUCCCGCACCGUAUUCUCGGCCUCUGACGAUCUCACCGUCAAGCUAUGGGAUCUGGAUUCGAAGCAAUGCAUCAAGACUUAUCUGGGACACGUUGGACAGGUUCAGCAAAUUCUGUUGAUGCCCCCUGAUUUUGAGCCGGAUGAGGACCCUAACGCUGACAUGGGCGAUGCCGCCUCCGCAGCCAGUGGACGAGGCGAUUCGCCGGUGCCUUUGCCAGAGCAGGCGCCCGAUAGCCGUACUGCGUUUGGACCCGGCUUCUCAAAUCCUUCUCGUCCUCUGCCUCCCCGUUACAUGCUCACAGGUGGCCUCGACAACACUGUACGACUGUGGGAUGUUGCCACGGGCAAAUGCAUUCGCAGCAUGUUUGGCCACGUCGAGGGCAUCUGGGGUCUUGUUGGGGAUACCCUCCGCGUUGUCACUGGUGCUAAUGACUCCAUGACCAAGAUCUGGGAGCCUCGCUCCGGCAAAUGCGAGCGUAGCUUUACGGGUCAUGCCGGCCCAGUGACCUGCGUUGGUCUUAGCGAUAGCCGAAUGGCAAGCGGUAGUGAAGACGGCGAGGUUCGUUUGUACAGCUUCGAAGGCAACAGCUUGGAGGAAAGGGGAACGCCAUCAUAG